GUUAUCCCUGUUAGCCCCGCCCCCUGAUGGGGGAGUGAUCUAACGUAGACUCUCUCUCCUGUCUUCAUCAUAAUCUGUUACUCUGCUCCUUUUCCACGGGCCACCUCAGCACCAAGACCGGGGGUCACUUCCAGGAACUGAACCGGAUCCUUAGAGAUGUCUCAGGAGCAGCAGGCAGUAGCUCGGGCCAGGAAAGCCUUUCAAACAGGCCGGUCCAGACCUUUAGAGUACCGGAUCCACCAGCUGAAGAAACUACAGCAGUUAUUCACCGAGAGACAGAAAGAGAUCUCAGAUGCCGUCAAGAAAGACCUCAACAAGAGCGAGGUGGGGACCCAGCUGUAUGAGACCCUGGGUCUUGAGGGGGAGAUCAGCCUGGCCAUCAGGAAGCUGAAGGAGUGGGCGGCCCCUCGGCCCGUGGAGAAGAACCUCAUGACUAUCUCGGACACCGUCUACAUCAAACCGGAGCCGCUGGGCGUGGUGCUCAUUAUCGGGGCCUGGAACUACCCCUGGGCCGUCACCAUCCAGCCUCUCGUUGGAGCCAUCGCAGCUGGUAACGCUGCUGUGAUCAAGCCCUCCGAGGUCUGCGUUCACACCGCAAAGGUCAUGGAGGAACUGCUGCCUCUUUACAUCGACAAAGAGCUUUACCCUGUAGUGAACGGAGGAGUGCCGGAGACCCAGGAGCUGCUGCGUCAGCGGUUCGAUCACAUCUUCUACACCGGGAACUGCAUGGUGGGAAAACUGAUCAUGGAGGCUGCCGCCAAACACCUGACACCCGUCACCCUGGAGCUGGGCGGCAAGAGCCCCUGCUACAUCGACAAGAACUGUGACAUCAGCGUAGCCUGCAGACGAAUCGCCUGGGGAAAGUACACCAACUGUGGUCAGACCUGCAUCGCCCCAGACUACAUCCUGUGUGAACCCAGCAUCCAGGACCUGGUCAUUAAUGAAGUCAAGAAGUCCAUAAAGGAGUUCUACACGGACAACCCUAAGACCUGCCCAGACUACGGACGCAUCAUCAACCAGCGCCACUUCAAGAGGAUAAUGGCCAUGAUGGAGGACAGCUCAGUCGCUGUAGGAGGAGACAACGAGGAGUCAGACUGCUACAUAGCCCCCACCGUUUUGAGGGACGUGAAGCCCGAGUCGAAGGUAAUGCAGGAGGAGAUAUUCGGACCCCUGCUCCCCAUCUUAUCAGUCAGCGGCCUGGACGAGGCGAUUAAGUUCAUCAACGAUGGAGAGAAACCUCUGGCCCUCUACGUCUUUUCAUCAGACAAUAAGGUGAUCACCAGAAUGACAGAUGAGACUUCGAGUGGAGGACUGCUGGCCAAUGACUGUCUGGUGCACUUUUCUGUCAACGCUCUGCCUUUCGGAGGAGUGGGAAACAGCGGUAUGGGCUGCUACCACGGCAAGUUCACCUUCGACCAGCUCAGCCACCUGCGGGGUUGUCUCAUCAAGCAGCUGAAGAUGGAGGGAGUGAACAGCAUGCGGUACCCACCUCACACGCUCAAGAAGCUGGGCUGGGCUCGCUUCUUCAUCCUGAAGCACGUCGACCUGGGCUGGUUGGGGCGGAUGGCGCUCUUGGCCGUCUUUGCUGUGGUGGCUGCUGUCGUGAUACAGAAUUAUUUCCUUUAAAGACAUCCUGCUGCUUUCCAAGCCAACAAGUCACAACAAGCCUUGCGUCUUCCUGACCCUGAGGAGCAGAGAGAUGAGAAGAGGAGCACAGAACAGUGAUUCAUGAGGUUCAGCGUCUGCUCUGCACGGCUGUAAUUAGAGAACAUCUGUUUUAACACUUCAAAGUAUCAGAGUCCUCAGGAUGCUCUAUAGAAGCAUCUUAUUCAUGUGAAGGUAAUUCUUUAUCUGCAUGCAUAGCUCUUACGUUUUAUUCUGCAUUACUACAUUUCAUUUGAACCUGUUAGAUCAGGUGUUUAUUAGACUGUGACUUUAUAGCACUGUGAUUUUACAAUGUUUUAAAUGAAGUAACAAAGUGAAGCCACUGUCACAACACACCGUUUUUAUCAUGUAGGAGUCACCUACAGUCACUCUUGUGUCCGUUUCAUUUCAAUGAGGGUUCAAACAUUAACUUCACCUUCACACUGGAACAUUUUUGUCAACACUUGUUUAGCCUGACAGCCGGAAUGAAGAAAGCACGUCUCUGACAUUUCACGAGUCUUCCCUCAGUUAACACGGAUCAAACAGGAUCGUGUGAAGGAUGUUUUUUUAAAGUCACUUUAACACCAAAUGCCUGUAACGAAUGUGAGCAGCCUUGUGAAUUGUUAUUCUUUUUAACAAACUUGAUGCUUUCCAUUUUUUAUUGAUUUGUAAUGAAUAGUUGACUAAUUAUAAUGUAUUUCUAUGCUGGAAUAAUAUUGGAAUAAAUAUAUUUCUACUUGUA